CAGUGCGUUAUAGCAGAGUGUUCUGGUUGUGUCAGUUAUGUAACAUGCGAAGUCUACAAUAUGUACAGUAACUGACAGAAAGAGUGACCUACUUUUACACUCAAUCGUGUUCAGGGUUAUAUAUAGAUGAUAAAUACACAUUAAGUAGCCAUGGUUAGUGCAUACAAUGUUUAGAUACCCGAUACGCUGGAGGUAUAUAUACCAACAUGGGGCUGAAGUUUACCCUAAUGACGCUGGCCUUCUCUGCAGUGAUUAUUGCGUACUACAUUGCGAUGCAGGACGUCGACGAUUUUGACCCCGCUGAUGUGAAAGGUAAAAAUGUCCUAAUAACAGGAGCGUCAACUGGAAUAGGAGAACAGAUGGCGUAUCAUUUCGCCAAGAUGGGAGCAAACCUUGUCUUGACUGCUCGAAGAGAACAUCUGUUGAAGAAGGUCGUGUUAGGAUGCAAGAAGUUGUCACCAAACUCCAAUGCGAAAUACGCGUACCUCGUCUCUGACAUGGGAAACAUGGGCAAUACGGAGAAGGUUAUACAGUUCACAGAACAAUCACUGGGAGGUUUGGACAUACUGAUGUUGAACCAUGCUUUGCUUGCUAAAAGAGAGGCGUGGCUUGGAACCAGAGAGAACCUCACAAAACUGGCCACGACGAUGGACGUUAACUUCCGGUCAUAUGUCCAUUUGGCGUCCCACGCCUUACCUUUGCUGACCAACAGUAGUGGGCGUAUUGGCGUUGUCUCAUCCAUGGCGGGUCAUGUUGCCUUUCCGUAUAUGUCGUGGUACACAACGGCAAAAUACGCUCUCCAGGGCUUCUUUGGAGUGCUGAGACAAGAACUAAAAUUAAAACACUCAAAUAUCUCCGUAACACUGAGCAUUGUUGGAUUAGCAAGAACAGACAACGCAGUGGAGGGACUCAAUUCCCUUUUAGGCGCAAAAGCUUCCUCUGCACACAUGUUCGACCCACGUGAUGUUGCCAUGGAGAUUAUUCAAGCAACAGUGACAAGGCAGUAUGAAAUAUACACCGGCGUCCCCGUUUCUUCCAGAAUUUACAUCUUCAUUCGGACGUUAUUUCCAAAACUUGCUGAUGAUUUGAUGCGAAAAAACUUUACUUAGCAGCAUUAUUGAACAUAAGCGACCAAUAUGUAUCAGUGAACCCCUUUGUCUUUUUAUUUAUUUAUUUAUUUAUUUAUUUAUUUAUUUAUUUAUUUAUUUAUUUGUUUGUUUGUUUGUUUUUUUGUUUGUUUGUUUGUUUUGUUAUUUUCCCACCCUUUGCCUUAUAAAGUUAAAGAGACAACAACUGUUCGUUUUGGCCAAAAAUGCAGUCUCCAGGAAUGUAAUCUUUUCGUCACAAAUAAAAGUAGAGCCUUUCUAAUAUUUAAAACAUCAGUCGGAUGACACCUUGUGCAAAUACGUGAUAAAUUAUGCUCAGGGUCUUUCAAAAUGUACGCUUUAGAUACUCUCAGCUGUCAUCUCUCAGCUUUCACGUUUUCUUUAAGAUAUAUUAUUAAUGAUACAAAGAAAGAAAAUGUUUCAUCCCUCGUGUAUGUAGACCGUACUAGUAUGGACAUCUUUCAUACCGUUUUCCGUCUUCUUUGGAAGCUGUAAAAAAGAUCCCCACCUGGAGC